UGUAUAGGCGAUCAACACUUCUUAACUUCUCCUUGGACUCAAAACAACUUGGGAUCCCAGUCUAAAUAAACUUCCUCUGAAGCUACAGCCCUCUGAAACCGAGGGUCCAUGCAGCACUCACGGGAAAUCGACAGCUUCGUCUUGAAGUGAGCGUUUGCGUUCCCUUUUUAUUCUUGCCCUUUUUUGCCUUCGACCUAAGAAUACAGCGGGCAGAGAAGACGGUAUUUUUAGUUCAAUUGCCUCCUUCAGACACGUGUGUCAUUGCUGAUCAGGAUGACUGGUCAAUCGGCCUUCUUACCAAUAUUAGUCUUGGGACUGGUGUGUAGUUUGGUGCGCUGUGCUCCCUUCUCUGGCAGACAGAACACCACAUUAGAGCGACACUGGGAGACACUAUUCUCUCGUUCCUUGGCACGGAUCCCCGGGGAAAAGAGAGAGAUCAGUCGGGACAGUGACUAUCUUAUGGGCAUCAAAAGACUGCGGCGCCUUUAUUGCAAUGUAGGCAUUGGUUUUCAUAUUCAAGUCUUGCCCGACGGGAAGAUAAACGGAAUACAUAAUGAAAAUCGAUACAGUCUUCUUGAAAUAUCUCCAGUGGAAAGAGGUGUUGUGACACUGUUCGGCAUUCGGAGCGGCCUAUUCGUGGCUAUGAACAGCAAGGGGAAGCUGUACGGAUCUCGGCAUUUCAACAACGAGUGCAAGUUCAAAGAAAAGCUCCUGGCGAACAACUACAACGCCUACGAAUCAGCGAGCUACCCAGGGAUGUACAUAGGACUGAGCAAAAGUGGCAGGACAAAAAAAGGAAACCGCGUCUCCCCAGCGACGACAGUGACACAUUUCUUACCGCGAAUCUAAGUGGAUGUGGUGAGACUUUACCUCAAUGCACAGAGGAGGAGACGGGGACUCAAAACCAUGCACUUUCAAACGGAGCUUUAUGCAAGAGGAGUACUGUAUUCAAAUGAAUUAUUUAAGGAUGUACAUAUACAUAUAUAUUUGAGGGAGACUUUUAUUUAUAACGCUUGAGAAUUUUGUAUUUCUGGGAAACUGGCUUGCCAUAGGUGGAGAGAAAAGCUAGAGAUCCACGGGCUUAUGAAAAAGGGUGCUGCUAUCAAACAUGUGGAAAAGUGAAAUUCCUCUCUUUAGUUUUUUGCACUGUUUAUAAAUACUACUGUACAGUGACUGCAUUGAGGAAUAAGUGUAACUUUUCUUUUCUGUUUUUUUUUUUUUUUCUGUGGAAAGAAUUCUUCGUCUUAGUCCCGGGCUCUGGCUUGUGGAAAUGUGUCAAUCCUGACUGAGUCGCAGGCAGAAGAAGCCUGACAGUGUCGGACCUCCUUUGUGUGGUGUUGGGGUUUAAUUGAAAUGGUAUCGGCUUUCCUCUCAUUACAGAAAGUGCGGUGUUGAAGUCCUACCCCUCAAAUCUGUUUUUAGCUCUGCCGGGGGGUUGAACUUUGAACUUUCCUGCAGUCAAUCUCUGUCAUAAGGCCCCAGAUAGAGAGGCAUCUUCUUGACAUUUAUAUAAGCUAAGAAUUUAAAAGUUUAAUGGGGAAGGCCUGCAUAUUGCAAACGGGUCACCGUGCCCUUGGCUGUUUUUAUAAAUACAUAUUUUACAAUGGAACUUUAAAACUCUAUCGGCUUUCAAGUGCGGGGGAUAAACAGAGCUGGUGGGUGGCUGACUAAAAUAACCAUGUGCACACCAACCGUCAGUAUUGUUGUAGGUUGUAGAUAAUUUAGGAAAAGGAGAAGAAAAAUACAGAAUGGUGUAUGUUGCUCUGGAUGAUAUUUUGCAAGUGCUUUAUUUAACUUGUGCAGUAUUUUGGAGGACGGACAUAUCGCUGCUUUGUCAUUUUCCAUUCCCUGGUGUUUUCUUGGCUCAUUUUUUUUCCUCUACCUCAUAUCACGGGUAACCAAUGACCUCCUUGCAAAAUUUGCUUUAGGGAAUGUUUUGGUGUUGGCUUGACCUCCACUGGGUCGUUUAGUUUCUUUUUAACCACGGGUCUCGAUACAGAGUUUUCCCAUAAGCAGAAGUCCAGGCAGCCAUUGCGUCCUAGUUCAGCCUCUUCACGUUCGAGCUAUCUUUACCCUCUGAUUUACUUUUAGUAAGGAUAAUCAUGGUGGAAAUAUUUGCAGGCAGCUGUUAGACUGCGCUAUAUGGUCGUCCAGUAACCCUAUAUUUUUCUUUACAUGUUUAGUAAAUAUAUCUCUUGGUAACUGGUGGAACAGACAGAAGCUGCUUUGAGGACUUAACUUGAGGAAUACCUCGGGAAUCAAAGUUUACUUUCAACCACCUUGUUUCCAGGAAAACAAAAGGAGGGAAACUGCUUUUAAGGAAGUGGGCAGGACUGCGCAUGCUUAUUUCAGUCCUCUUGAGAAAGUUUCGCUCUCAAAUUUAACAUUCCUUUUUGUCACCAUUUUAUGCUGUACACAUGGCUUCAUAAAUAUCUGACUGGUUAAAAAAAGGCACAGAGGGAGUCAACAUUCAAUAUAAUCACAAUACACCUUAUGUUUAACUUUGAAUGAGAGAUUUAAGGAUAUUUUGUAUGUUCCUGACUCAUGUACAUACUUUACCGUUUACUGCAGAGACAGCUGAACCCAAAACCCAUGUUGUUAAAGUACAAAGAAAGUAAAAAUGUAAGCUAUUUUCUCAAAGUUAAGUAUAAGGUGCCUUACAGUUAGACUGGACAGAUGCCCAAGUCUAGUAAGUGGUAGUCACACAUGGCACUACCCUACUCCUACCUGAACUGUGGAUGGAAUUAGAAAGUGACAUGUACCGACUGUGUGGUGCUUCUGUUCCCUGUAAUAAUUAACUGUAUUGUACAAUUUCAUUGUGCUGUUACUGUUUAUGUGUUCUACGUUCAUGUCUCUCAUUCAUUUGAAUGCAUAAACUCAGAAGCAAAACUCUGUGGUGGAUUUCAUCCAUCUGAACCAAAAUACUGACACUCUGUGAUUAAUUUUGCCCGAGUGUUUGCCACACAUCUUGUACAGGUUUUUUUUUCUGCACUGCUAUGGGCAUUGUUUACAAUAGCAAAUCUAGUUUAAAUUGUCCCUGGAGGCAAAAUUCAAACUGUAUUUCCCAAGAGGGGGCAAUUAAAUUACUUAUCUGCAUUUGGUUAAACAAAUGCACACACACUAUGAUGACAAUUCACAAGUUUUAAAAGAGGAAUGGCAAUAAUAAAUCUUACUGAGAAGUUUAAAUUUAAAAAAAAAAUCUAUAUAUUUUCAUUGGUCAGUUCCUUUACUCAGCAAUCUCAUUCUCUGAUGUUUCUGCAUUCAGGUGAAGAUUCUAAGCAAUAUGCGAUAGCACAGAGACAGAAUCCUGUGAUCACAUGUUAUGCAUUUAGUUGACAUUUACCAGAAUUUGUCUGUAGUUUUAUACAGGUCCUGUUAAAUAUUGUGGUGUAUGUGCUGUGCACAUGAA